UGUUUUCUAACUAAGCAGCUAGUGACUGUUGUGGAGAAGGGAGGUGCAAUGGAUGGAUGCGUUGCCCCGCUACGCUGUACAUAUUUGUCUUAGUUUAAAGAGAAUGAGUUUCUCUGAUAACUUUUUACCCGUAGAAAUACUCCACGCUGUUGCGGAGGGCUGCUAAUGCUCCGGGAGACACGCUUUUCGUUAUAGUUUGAAGAUUAGCUGGCUACACAGGCUAGCUCCUCCUUGCUGUCUACCAUCGCAUUCUUGCGUCUCCUGCCUCAGGAAUGUUUUCCAAAAAACCUCAUGGGGACGUUAAAAAAUCCACACAGAAAGUGCUGGACCCAAAGAAGGACGUGCUGACGAGGCUCAAGCAUCUCAGAAUAGUCAUAGAAAAUGCAGAGCCGGCGGAGCUGAAGCAAUUCUUCGACCUGAACUAUUCUCAUAUCUACUAUGUUUUCUUUGAGAAUUUUGUCACCAUUGAGGUCAGCCUCAAGCAAAAAGGUCAUAAAUCUCAGAGGGAAGAGCUGGACUCAAUCCUCUUCAUCUUUGAGAAAAUACUUCAGCUUCUACCUGAGAGAAUCCAGAGCCGAUGGCAGUUCCACAGCAUUGGGCUGAUUCUGAAGAAGCUGCUGCACACUGGGAACUCUCUGAAGAUCCGCCGUGAAGGUGUGCGCUUGUUCCUGUUGUGGAUGCAGGCCUUACAGAGUAAUGCAGAACGUGAGCAGCUCUGCAUGUUUGCCUGUUUGAUUCCUGGAUUCCCGGCUCCGCUCUGCCACGGGACCCCACGGACCCUGGAUACUCUAGUCAACCCGCCACUGAGUUUGACAGAGACUCAGGUGACUCCAGAAGAGAUCACUCCACUUGUUCCUCCUCAGUCAGGUGAUAAAAACCAGGAAGAUCUCACUGCCUACUUCCUAGAAGCUCUACUGAAAUACAUGGUAAACCAGGCAAAGUCUCUAGAGUGGCGGUGUAAAGAGAACCAUGAACGUGGCUUCAGUUUCCUCUUUGGUCAUUUCAGGAAGUUCUACCUUCCUCACAUCUUUCCCAACUUCUCCAUGGAAACCAGCCUCUACAGCCCCAUGCUGGAUGUGCCUCCUAUGCGUUCUAAGCCGUACUACAGUGUUGUGCGCAGAGAGCAGGACAGUGGCGAAACGCUGUACUGCACUAAGGAAAGUUUCCUUCAGGCUCGAGUUGUCUUUAUCCGCUGGCUGGUUUCCUUCUGGCUCGAGCCACGACCCAACACACAUACCCACAUCCCAGGAACAGAGGGAGAGAAUGUCCCCAAGAACAUACAGCGAGCAGCAGCUGGAUUUGCAGCUCGCUCCACAAACAGCUCAGAGGACAGCGGUGGGGGAGGGAUUCGAUCUGACAGCCACCUUGAAGCAAGCGGAAGCUCAAGUGGGCCAGGAGGAGGAAGCAUGGGGCUCUCUGGAGGUCCAGGGACUGAACCUGAACAGAGCCACUCGAACACAUCUACACUGACAGAGAGAGAGCCCAGCUCCUCCUCACUCUGCUCCAUGGAUGAAGAGCAGCUGACAGACAUGGAGGUGGUGAGAAGAGUGCUGACCAGCUCUAGAACCAACGUCAACUUCAUCACAGAGAUCUUUCGACAGGCGUUUCUUCUUCCCAUGUGCGAGGCAGCGGCAAUGCGAAAGGUGGUCCGAGUUUACCAGGAGUGGAUCUCCAUGGAAGACAAACCAGUUUUCAUGAAGGAGCCAGAGGAGGGGCCUUAUCCUAUAGUCACGGCCACAAGUCUGGAUACAGGCUCGCAAUUCGGAGACAAAGAUGAUGAGGGAAUGAACAAAGUGAUUGACAGUGAACUGUUGGAAUACAGUGUUCAUGCUGGAGUUCAAACUACACUACAGGUGUUUAUCACCCACUCCUCUAACGUUUUCCUGCUGGAACCAGCCAAUGACAUUAAGAUCCUUUUGGAGGAGCAUGUCGAUAUGUGCAAGCGAGUCCUGAACAUCUACCGCAGCCUUGUCAUGCAUGAGACAAUGGACCAGAAGACAUGGGAACAAAUCUUGCUGGUUCUGCUGAGGGUGACAGAGUCAGUAAUGAAAAGGCCUCCAUCCAUCAUGCCUCAGGGCAAGAAGAACAACACAUUGUCGGGCCGAUUAGCUGGACCCAUAUUUCAGACACUGAUAGUAGCCUGGAUUAAGGGCAAUUUAAACGUCUACAUAAGCAGAGAGCUGUGGGAUGACCUCCUCUCUGUCCUCUCCUCCCUAACCUGCUGGGAGGAGCUGGUCACUGAAUGGUCACUGACCAUGGAGACUCUUACAAAGGUUUUGGCAAGGAACCUGUACAGUGUUGAUCUGAAUGAGCUGCCUCUGGACAAGCUCAGUGAACAAAAACAGAAGAAACAUAAAGGAAAAGGUAUUGGUCCGGAGAGCCAGCGGCAGGUUGUCGAUCGUUCCUUCUCUAAAGGCUGGAGCAGAGACCAACCAGGCCAGGCAGCCGCCAUGAGACAGCGAAGCGCCACCACAGCUGGGUCACCAGGCAUUGAAAAAGCCCGCAGUAUUGUCCGGCAGAAGACUGUAGACCUCGAGGAUCCACCAAUCACACUGACAUCCCGCACGUCUCGGAUGCGCCACUCAUCCCAGAGCGACGAGACUCCUCCCAUCUCCUGUUCUGAGGUCUUUCAGGGUGGGGCUUGUGAUCUGGAUACCCCAGCCCCAUCCUCCCUUGCAAGGAGCAGCAGUGCCUCUGACAUCAUGGAGCCUUUCAUCGCAGAGCGGGUCAAAGGUGAAGAUCCCCAGAGGGAUCCAACUUUGAUCCCAAAUCCUUCUCUCCAUCACCACCACCACUCCACAACUUCUUCCUUACUCGUAACCAACAGCCACGCAGCUCAACCACCCUCACAGUCCCUCACCUUCUCUUCUCCCACCCCUUUUGCCUUCUCCAAUGGUGCUGUUUCCUCAUCCUCAGAGGUAAAAGAUGAUGGUAGUGUGUGCGAUCAAUUCUGGCACCAAAGUGUCUCUCGAAGCCGAGGUUCUAGUUCCGAUUGGGUGAGUGACUGGGACUCAGCCUUCGCCUUUCAACCUGAAAAGGAAGCUGAUGCAGAUGAGGGUGAAACUGGGGAAGAUGAUUUAUUCUCUUCUAUUAGGGACUACCUCAUUAACAAAGAAGCUGAGAGGAAGGGCGAGGCAGGCGAGAAAGAUAGUCCCGGUCGUGCGGUAGAAAACAGCGUUACUUUACCUGCACUCGUGCAAACAGGUAUGGCAAGAACACAGUUAGAAAACAGAGGGCAGCUCGGAGAAGCAAAGCAGGUGGUAAGGGAGGACAGACAGGUAAGUAAAUCAGUGAGACAUAGCAGUGUGGAUUCUAUCGAGGAGAAUGAGGCAGAGCAGCCGAGUAUCUAUGAGUGCUUGGAGCUGCAGUGUCAGUGGCCAUCACCCAGUGCUAAGGUGGGCUCUAGUUUAGAAAGAACUACUGCUGAAAAGAAGGUCGUGGGAGGAAAUAGUGGAAAGGCAACAGUAUUGGAAGGGAAAUAUGACUUGUGGGGUGAUACAGAAGAGAAACAAGAUGAUAAAGAAAUGGCAGCAAAUGACAAGUCCAGUUUAAUUAGGCAAGAUACUACUGUGGGUGAAGGUAGCAGUGAAUCAGUUCCCCAAACUUCAGAACCCACUAAGACCAAGAUGUCCCGUAGUAGCACUAAGAGGCAUCAUUCUGGGGGUGUUCAUGUCAGUUUCCGGCCCUCAACUGAAUCUGUCCAGUUUCACAACCCUCUUGAAAAUAAGGAGGCCCACUGGAAAGCUCGGCUACGCCGGCUCAGUCACUUCCACACACACAGCCACUCGGCUGGAGAGAGGCCUGGGGUUGGAGCUGGAGCAGGGUCAGGGGGGAAGCUGGGAACAGGGGGUUCAGGUAAGUUUGGCUCUGUGGCUGUUAUCAGCCAUAGAACAGGCGUACAUGAGAAAUUAGCAUCUGGGACUGUAACAGAUAGCAGUGGGACAGGGGGCACAGCAGGCCUGGAAACCCGGUCUGGGACUGGAGGGGACAAAGACAAGCAGCAUGCUGGAUCCUGUGUGGGAUCCAGUCAUGGCUCAGAGGUUCACUCUGAGGUGUUGUCAAGCAGUUCAGGUUCCUCAGGAGUGCGCGGACGUUUAGGACGUUCCGCCUUGCGAUCUAGAGCCUCCCGCUCACGCUCCCAGGAGCCAGGGAGCACUGCCUCACGGCACCACCAAGGGGCUCUUCUUGGUGGUGUUUAUAAGACUGUGGUUCACGCUCUGUCGUCCAAGCCUCGACCCCAAGGUCAGGGGUCAUCCCAAGGCUCGUCGCCGCAGCGGCAGGCCCGGGCCACCAUGGGUGAUGCAUCACUCAGGGAUCUCUACUCCCAUGUCCUGGGCUACUUUGGACGAAAGACGACUACGCCAGCGAAUAAAGAGGAGGUGGUCCAGAAGGCCCGUCCAGUCUCCACUGAUGUUGGAAGCAGCAACCCAAACUUCUCUGACCUCAUGGAUGAGUUUAUCCAGGAGAGACUGAGGGCCAAAGGAACUUCAGGUCGCCGUGGCAGCAGCCCGGGAAGCCUGGAAGUUCCCAGGGAUCUGCCAGAGCUCCUGGAGGCCAGUCAUAGUCGUGAUGGAUCGCGACCCUUAGAUGAUCUUCGGCCUGUCGAUGAUCCGGGGGUUCCCUCUGAGUGGACGUCACCCGCUAGUGCCAGCGGUUCUGAUGUCAUCAGCUCCGACAGCCAGUCAGACUCCUUUAAUGCCUUUCAGUACUCCACCUGCAAAUUUGAUAAUUUUACUUUUAGCUCCGAGGCGUCUGCAGGGGGAGUUGGAUCUGCAGCAGGAGGGGGAGGAGGAGGAGGAGGAGGAGGUCGAGGCAGCUCGCUGGAUCAGGACAGCCUUGGUGGGGGUGUGGCCGGUGAAGAGCAUGAGGUGGCCAGUUUGACGACACUUCACAUCGACUCAGAGACAAGCAGCCUGAGCCACACUGUCACGGUUACAGGUUCUGAGAGUGCAUCGCCCAUGCAUUCGCUUGGGGGCUCUCGCUCCCAGACUCCUUCCCCUGCCACUCUGACAGCAGAGCACACUGAGCACACGCAUUCCCACUCCCACACCCAUUUACAGCUGGACCAGAAACUCCACAACUCUGUCUUACAGACCCCCGACGACCUGGAAACAAGCGAGUUCCCCAGUGAGGACUGUAGUGUGAUGGCGGGCGGCUCUCUGACCGGAUGGCACGCAGAUGUUGCCACAGUGAUGUGGAGAAGGAUGCUGGGUAUCCUGGGAGAUGUGAACAGCAUUAAGGACCCAGAAAUCCACGCUCAGGUCUUUGACUACCUGUGUGAACUGUGGCAAAACCUGGCCAAGAUCAGGGAUAAUUUGGGCAUUUCUCUGGAUAACCAGUCGUCUCCUCCACCCCCUGUUCUGAUCCCACCCCUGAGAAUCCUCACCCCUUGGCUUUUUAAGGCCACCAUGCUGACAGAGCGUUACAAGCAGGGGAAACUUCACGCCUACAAGCUGAUUUGUAGGAUCAUGAAGAGACGGCAAGAUGUUUCACCAAACACAGACUAUCUGACACACUUCUAUAACAUCAUGCACCAAGGACUUCUCCACCAAGACCAGGACAUUGUGAACACCAUCAUCAAGCACUGUAGUCCCAGGUUCUUCAGUAUCGGUCUACCUGGAGCCACCAUGCUGAUCCUGGAUUUCAUCAUUGCAGCUUCUAGAGUCACUGCCUGCUCAUCACUCAAUGCUCCAAGAGUUGAAGCACAGAUUCUUCUCGGAUCUCUGGUGUGCUUUCCCAACUUUUACGGGGAGCUUCCUGCUCUCCACCCCACCACAGCUGACGUGGUACUUACCAAGUUCCCUGAUGUCAAGGAGCAUAUCAUCAAAACCAUCCUGACCUCUGCCAGGGAUGAACCCUCUGCUCCUGCUAGGUGUGUGGCUUUGUGCAGUCUGGGGAUAUGGCUGUGUGAGGAGCUGGCCCACGGGACUCAACAUCCACAGAUUAAAGAUGCUCUCAAUGUGAUCUGUGUUACCUUGAAGUACCCCAAUAAGAGUGUAGCGCUAGUGGCGUCAGACAUCCUGCACCUUCUGAUCAGUUACGUUGAUCAUCUUCAGAAAUUCCCACCCGACACUCCAAAGAAGAUUGUAGAGAUUUUGAUUGCCACCAUCACAUACUUGCUGCCUACUACUGAGUCUUCGCCUCAUGAACUGGAUAAAAGGCUGGUAGUUUCCCUCCUGUUGUGUCUGUUGGACUGGGUGAUGGCACUGCCUCCAAAGACUCUUCUUCAGCCUGUGCAAACACGAAGCCCUCCAGAGAGGGACCAGCCUACCAAGACGCUCCUCAGCUGUAUUUAUAAGGUAUUACAUGGCUGUGUGUAUGGGGCACAGUCUUUCAGCAGUCCCAAGUAUUUCCCGCUGCAACUGUCGGACCUGUUGAGUCCAGACUACGACCCAUUCUUGCCUUUAGAGAGCCUCCGAGAACCAGAACCGCUACACAGUCCGGACUCUGAACGAUCCAGCAAACUGCAGCCAGUCACCGAAGUUCGUAGCCGUAUUCAGCAGGGCCUCGUCUCCAUUGCAGCCAGAACAGUCAUUACCCACCUGGUCAACCAUCUGGGACAUUAUCCCAUGUCCGGAGGCCCUGCUACUCUGUCCAGUCAGGUGUGUGAAAACCAGGACAACCCGUUCUGUGAGAGUGCAGAUCUCGGGCCAGAACUCUUCCAUUCACCAAACCUGCAGUUCCUGGUUCUGAAUGGAUCCACGCUGCUGUCUGUGCUUCAGAUCCGAUCAGAGUCCGGUGUGCCAGGAGGUGGAAUGACGGCUGGUUUGUCCUCUGCUCCUGCUUGUGUUCGUGUCAUCAUCCGAGAUGUAGCUGGAAAACACUCGUGGGACUCCGCCGUCCUCUACGGGCCUCCGCCAUGUUCUCCUAACAGUCCAGCGCACACACUUUUAACACACACGCAGUCACCGCGCACUACAAAUCUUCAUUUACGCACCCCACCAGGAGGUCCGCCGAAAAAGGUGGGAGCGAAAAGAGAAGAUAGCGAGGAGGACGGGCAAGAGGAGAGGGGGGCAGAGGAGGGAGUGAGGAUGGAUGGAGACAGGCAGGAGUCUCAGGGAGAGGGAGAGGAGGAAGCGGAGGAGAGGAAAGUAAGUGAGGGGGAGAAAGAAGAUCGAAGAGAAGGUGGAGAUGGAUUUGAAAGGGAAGAAGAGGAGGAGGAGGGGGAGAAAGAUGAACAUCGAAUGGAUAGUGAGGCAGAUCCAGCAAAGUCGAGUUUAGAGCAGCAUCUGGCUCCGCCAUUGGCUAAACGCGUGUGUCGGGAGGCGGUGCCAGCGUGGGACUCACUGAGAGAAGGAGAUGAUGCACUGGAUGAAAUGCUGCAGUACCUGGGAUACUCGAGUCCUGAGUGUCUACAGAGAGCAGGUAUGCCGCUCAACAUCCCAGCACCUCCUCCAGUGUGUGUUUCAGAGAAGCAGGAGAACGAUGUGAUCAAUGCCAUCCUGAAACAAAGUGCUGCUGAGAGAGACUUCGUCCUUCAUAGAGGUGAGGAGCUGAACAUGAGAGCCGUGCAUCAGACUGAACCAGAGACUCAGACGCCACAGUCGGCCUUCUAUUACUGCAGACUACUGAUCAACAUACUGGGGCUCAACUCCUGGGAGAAAAGGAGUAGUUUUCACUUGCUGAGGAAGAAUGAGAAAUUACUGAGAGAGCUGAAGAAUCUGGAUUCACGGCAGUGCCGUGAAACCCAUAAAAUUGCAGUAUUUUACGUGGCUGAAGGCCAAGAGGACAAACACUCCAUACUGACUAACACAGCAGGCAGCCAGGCGUAUGAGGACUUUGUUUCUGGACUGGGGUGGGAGGUGGACCUGACCACUCACUGUGGUUUCAUGGGAGGCCUUCAGAGAAAUCGCAGCACGGGCCAGACCACUCCUUACUACGCCACUUCCACUACUGAGGUCAUCUACCACGUCUCCACUCGCAUGCCCCACGACCAGGACCUUAACCUCACCAAGAAGCUCAGACAUCUUGGCAACGACGAAGUCCACAUCGUCUGGUCAGAACAUUCCAGGGACUACCGCCGCGGGAUCAUCCCCACAGAGUUUGGAGAUGUGCUAAUCAUCAUCUACCCCAUGAAGAACCACAUGUAUUCCAUCCACAUACUCAAAAAACCAGAGGUUCCUUUCUUUGGUCCGCUGUUUGAUGGAGCCAUUGUGGACAUGAAGAUUUUGCCCACCAUGGUGAGAGCGACAGCUAUCAACGCGAGCCGGGCUCUUAAAUCCCUCAUCCCUCUCUACCAGAACUUCUAUGAGGAGCGCGCCCGAUACUUAGAAAAUAUCGUGCAGCACCACCAGGAGCCAACCACGUUUGAGGAUUACGCAGCCCGAGUCUACAGUCCUGCUCCUUGCACUCACCUGCCCUCUGACACAGGCUCCUGCCUAGAGAUUCUUCGGGGAGAAAGUCCGGCUCUUGGGGAGGCCGGGAGCGACACGGCAUCCCCCAUGUCUCCUCGGACUAGCAAGAGCCGCAUGUCCAUGAAGCUGCGACGCUCCUCCGGAUCAGCCAAUAAGACCUGAGCUCCCCAAACUGCAGGACUCAGCCAGAACUCACACUUGAUAUCACAUUAAGAAACAAAAAGCUUUCAUAUCAGCCAGUCAGAGGUAUCAGGAUCCUCAAAAACAAGCAGUUUUAAAUUGGUCCGUUUACAAAGCACACAAAAUUAGGUAUGUAAGCAAAUUAAUAUAAACUCUUGAGUAGGCGCUGAUUCAUCCCAGCAUGUUGCAUUUCUGGUUGGACCCUGGGCUUUAAUGGGCACACGUGUUCUCUUGUACUAAAUAUAUAUAUAAAAGUAUCCUAUGGGCAAUACUGUUACUUUUAUUUUGAAAAAUACAGAGCAGCAUCUGUGAGUAUAUCUGCAGCUUUGCUUGGAGAAAAAAAACACACACACACACACACAGACGAGUCAAACCAGUGUUGCAGCAUGUUGAGUAGUAAAAUUAGCAGUGCAGUAUUAGUUCAUAACAGCCUGUGCCAUCUUAGAAAGUGCACAUAAUGCCAGUCGGUGUGAGCAGGACUGCAAAGAAGAAGAAAAGUGUCAGUGCACCGAGUGUUGCUGUAAGGAAUCUGUAUAUUUGUACUAUAGGAGGGGUGUGUGUGUGUGUGUGUGUGUGAGUGUGAAGGUAGAGGCGGGAGUGGAGGCUGUAAAGAAAGCGAUAAAAGUCUAUUUUUUUUGUUGUCAGCGCAGCGCAGACCUGAAAUGAUAAAGAGAGUUAGUUUCUCAAGCCAAAAAAUAAGAAUAAAAGUCUGAACUUCCUCUGAUGAUCAUUAACAGGACAGACCGAUGGAAGAGGAGGCACUUGCAUACAUCAUUUUGUUUUCUUCUCAUGCUGUAAAACAAGCACUGAUAUUAAUAUUAACAUGUUGGGUUUUUCUUUUUCUUUUAAUUGACGGUAAACUGAGUUUUGACCCGAACAGGAAUGUUACUGUAUUUUUAGUCACUCCUUCAUCUGAGGCAAAGAACCACAGCUUUUUCUUUCUUUGUUCCCUCGAGUAUAUGUUGUAUAUCUAUAUGAGUAUAAAUAUAUAUAUAUAUAUACAUAGUAGAUAUAUGAAUAUCUAUAAGAAUGUGUACAGUGUAAGGAAGCUUGUUGUGCGUGUGUAAAUACGGUUAUAGCUGCCAAAGCCAAACUGUGGUUGAAAUCCAAACCGCAGACUUGCUACAAAAACAAAACAAAAAGUAGGUUAGCGCUACAAGAUUUCAAGCUUUCAUAACCAGCUUGCUCUUCAUCGUCCAGGAAUUUAAAUUCAUUCUACGUUGUUCUUCCCGUGAUGGAGCUUGUAAAUCUGUAUGGAGGGAGUCAUCAUUCUCAUGAAUUACUGUAAAAGGCUGGUGGGGGGGGGGGGACUGGUAUUUAAAACACACUCUUCAGCGUGUUGGGACCUGGGUCCACAAAAGUCCACUAAGAGUUGGUUUAGCGCUUCAUUUUCAGUGUUUUUUAGGCAGUUUUCAGGGUUGGGAAAAAAAAAAUAAAAAAAAUGAGAGAACCACAGCCAAAGAAGGGGGGAAAAAAAAGAGGUGUCAUUGAAGGAGGGGGCAGUCGCAACACUACCACUUUUUUUUUUUUUAAUGAAUUUAACAUUUUCAGUUUAGUUCUUUCUGUGAGUUUAGAGGAAAAAGGGUUAAACAAACGCUCUUCCUGUGACUUACUGUUGAAAGUUUUGUUACUGUUUGUUUCAGCCAUAUACUCUAUAUAUUAAAGGGAUUGUGUAAGAA